CUCACCAUUGCUUAUUGACGCAACGGGUUGUUGAAAUUUUUAUAAAUUAAUUGUCAAAUAUAAUUGAAUUAUUAACAAUUACAAAAGUUAAAUAUAAGACUAAAAUCAAUAGACAAUUUAUAUUCAUAUAUACCUAUCUAUACAGCUAAAAAAUAUUCAAUAAUAUAUAUGUAACCUUUAAAAAUCAUAGAAGUAAAAUAUGACUUUCCUCUACUUAAUUUAAAAACUGUCAAAGUGUGAAGAAAAAAAAAUUUCAAAUUUUAAAAGUUACUGAAGAUAGAAAAACAAAAUUAAGAAUUGAACAAAAAAUAGAAAAGAGCCAAUUUUCUAGAUAAAUGGACUUAUUCUAAUAAUAAUAUAUCAUACAUGGCACUCACAUAUAUAUGAUGGGGAUCUCUAGACUUAGUGAUAGGCAUCAACCAAUCAAAAAAUUGAAUAAAACUGAGAAAUCACCGGAAUUUUCUGCAAGAAAUUGGUGUUAAAUAAGAAAAUUCUCAUGGAGAUGGAAGCAUUCUCCCUAUGUUAUUAUAAUCGACAGGAUAAAGUUAAUUCAAAUUAUAAAUAUAAACGGAAUAAUGAGGUCAUUGAAAUAUGGAGCAGAAUGUGCCUAAAUUUUCAGCAGGAAUUAGGUUGUGCAAGAAUUUCACCAAUUUUUAUGAAGAACACCAAUUAUUUAUUUGUCGAUCAAGCUGCUGGUUCAAAUUCUGGAUUAGUAAAUGGCGAUUUUUUAAAGUUUGAGUUCAUUUCAAAAAAGAAAGAAAAAAUAGUCAACUUGGAUGUAUGUCUUAGAGGUUUUCGAGGAAUGCAUGUCACAGAACUUUCUUCGAAAAGAGCAAAAGGCAAAAGUUGGAAAUUUUGUUUCUAUCAAGCUAUCACUGCAAUAUUAACUAAAACACAAUUGAGAUACAAAUAUGCAUGGAGCGGAAAUGUUGAUUACAUUUACGAUCACGCAUGGAUGCUUUUUAUUCAUACGGGCUUAAUUAAUGUUAAAAGAAGACAAAUAUUAAAUGAUAUAGUAGUUUACAAUUACAAAUAUAAUAUCGAACUUAAAUUAGUGGAUGAACUAAAAGACAUUUGUCGAAUUACUGAUUCAACUUGUAAUAAUGUGGAAAAAUCUAUAAAGAAGAAAAAAAGAUUGCAUAGAAACGAAUUAAUGCACAUCCAAGGAACAUUGGGUUUAAAAAAAAAUUCAAAUUUAUCGAAAUUAUUAAUUGAUAACACUACCAAAAUAAUAGAAGAAUGGUUUGAUAAAGUAGAUCUUUCACAUAUGAAUUCCAUUAUUAAAACAGACAUAUUUUGUUUAUCUUUUUGGAGAGAUGGCUUGUUUUGGUAUCUUUAUAACCCAUUCAGGUGCAAUGAGUAUGGACUUUGGGAUGAUUACGGGUAUAACUGUAUUAUGAAAUUUUGUUCGAGAGACUCAUUAAAACGUCACUUGACAAUUCUUUUACUUAAAUCCAUCACAAGUAGGAGUGAUCUUGAAAUUGAGAAUGAUAACGAUUUUAACCAAGGUAAUGAAGAUGACAAAGAAUAUGACGUCAGUCAAAUUAAAGAAUCUACAUCCGUUGAAAGAAACAAAAAAUAUUUAAAAUCUGAAAAUAAUAUUUUCACAAUUCAAAUAUUCAAAAUAAACUUGCACUGUUGCAAAGUUUACAAUAGUAAGUCGUUUCAAAAUGUAGCUUUCAAAACGCAAAUACCUGAAAGAAAAAUGAAUCAUGAAUGUAACAUUAAGUUUAAAGAUUUAUGUAUGGACGAACAAGUUGAUCUUUCCAACAAGGUUCCUUGGUUACAAUUUUCUAAAUUGAAUCAGGAUGAAAGCAAAAACAACACAUCGAACAACAAGUUUAUGUGGUAUCAAUAUGUAGAGCAAAAGGGUAAACUCUUUUCGUUGCAGGUUCAUAUUUCAGAUAAAAUAUUUCCGAAAAAAAUCCAAGGAGAACAGUUUUAUGCUAGUUGUGUCAUUUGUGCUGGUAUGGCGAAACUAAUUGCACCAGAAUAUUGGACAUCUCAAACUUUGAAUGCUAUUUUCAUUUUUGGCAACGUCUAUUUUACUUGUUGUAUCUUACAAGCAAAACAGAAGUUUCAAACUGUAGAAUUAUUAAAUACUGGAUCAUUCACAAACUAUUUAUGUGAAGAAUUUAAAAUUGGAAACUUUCUAUUUAAACUUAAAGCAUUUCCAUCAAUGCCUGUCCAAAUUUACAACAAAUGUUCCACAAGUCUCAAGAGUUCCAUAGAAAAAUGUUUUUUAAAAUAUCAUUUUGGUAUCUUAACUUGUGAAAAUGCUUGUCUUGGACUCUUUAAGCACUGUGACUCCUACUAUGUCUUCGAUGUUUGUUCUACAGAUUCUUCUAUAUUUGUAUAUGAAAAAGGCACUGCAUUCUUAUUAAGAGCUACUGACUUUCAUAAAUUUAUAACAAGUUUAUUAUUGAUAAUUGGAUCAUCAUCAAAUUAUAAAAAAUUUGCGUUAAACCCUAUUAAAAUUUUAACAAUUUUCGACUUGGAUAAUAUUGGUUGCUCUAAAAUUUACAAUUAAAUUCAUUAAAUUAUCAAGUCGAAAAAACUUAAUACAAAUAAAAAAACAAUCCUAGACAAAUAGAAAAUUUAUAAUGUAA